AUGGAUAACAACCUGCUUGGCAAGUUUGAGCUCACUGGGAUACCACCUGCACCUCGUGGUGUUCCUCAGAUUGAAGUCACAUUUGAUAUUGAUGCCAAUGGUAUCCUUAAUGUUUCUGCUGUUGACAAGAGCACUGGGAAAGAAAUCAAGAUUACCAUCACCAAUGAUAAGGGCCGCUUGAGUAAGGAAGACAUUGAACGAAUGGUCCAGGAGGCUGAGAAGUACAAAGCUGAAGAUGAGAAGAAAAGAGGUAAGGUGUCUUCUAAGAAUUCCCUUGAGUCUUAUGCAUUUAAUAUGAAAGCAACAGUUGAAGAUGAAAAGCUUCAAGGCAAGAUCAAUGACGAGGACAAGCAGAAGAUCCUUGACAAGUGCAAUGAAAUUGUCAACUGGCUUGGUAAGAAUCAGACUGCAGAAAAGGAGGAAUUUGAGCAUCAGCAGAAGGAACUAGAGAAGGUCUGCAACUCCAUCAUCACCAAGCUGUACCAGAGUGCUGGAGGCAUCCCCGGAGGCAUGCCUGGUGGCUUCCCUGGUGGUGGAGCUCCUCCAUCUGGUGGUGCCUCUUCUGGACCCACCAUUGAAGAGGUUGAUUAA